AUGUUUGAAGCCGGUAUAUCACCAGCUUGCAUGAUGAUAUGCUCAAUGUUUUAUACAAGAGAAGAACAACCGUUUAGAAUGUGUACUUUUUUAUCGUGUAAUGGUAUUGCAACUAUGGUUGGUGCAUUAUUAGGUUAUGGGUUGGGACAUUCAACAAACGCGUCUAUUAAAUCAUGGAAAUUGAUAUUUUUAGUAAUAGGAUUACUCAAUUUGGUAUGGUCUAUAGUAUUCAUUUGGUUAUGCCCCGAUUCGCCAGCGACAGCGACAUUUAUUAAUGAAAGAGAAAAAUCCAUUGUUGUUGACAAAAUUUCAAAGAAUAAUAUGGGUAUCAAGGACAAGAAAUUCAGGAAAUAUCAAGUCAUUGAAGUGUUUUCAGAUCCAUCCGUUUGGUUAAUUUCUCUUAUAGGACUCUCAUGUGGAAUUAUCAACGGUGGUGUUUCAAACUUUUCGUCUGCAUUAAUUAAAGGAUAUGGAUUUAGUGGAUUGAAUGCAACUGCUUUACAAUUGCCGACCGGAGCUAUUGAGUUUGUAGUUGUGUUUAUCGCUGGUAUCGUAGCGAUAAGUAUAAAAGAUACCAGAUGCAUAAUAUUCGUGUUACUUUGCGUACCGGGCCUUGCAGGAUUGAUUGGAAUUCAUCUAAUUGAUUUAAAUCACAAAUGGGCAUUAGUGGGAUGUACCUGGCUUCAGUUUAUAGUCGGGGGUCCAGUUAUUUUAUCGUGGAUAUUUCUAACUGGUAAUAUCGGUGGACAUACGAAGAAAACAAUUUCUAAUGGUGUUUGGUUUACACUUUAUGCAGCUGGUAAUAUAGUUGGGGCAAACAUAUUUUUUGAGAAUGAAGCACCUAAAUAUACAAGUGCUAUCGUUGGUUUAAUUACAUGUUAUUCAGGGAUGAUGGUAAUUGGAAUUAUGUAUAGACUUUUGCUUAUGCAUAGGAAUAAAAUGAGAACAGAGGAACAAGGUGAGUACAAUGAAGAUAUAGCCAAGCAAGCGAUUAUCGAUGGCUUUAAUGAUUUGACAGAUUUCGAGAAUCGAGGUUUCAGGUAUGCCUUAUAA